AUACCAUUUUUUAUUGUUUUUGUUUUUCUCCGAGUUUUGGUUUAAAGUAUGAAACAUGAUUUAAUUUUUUUGUUGUUGUAUGAAGAUGAAGUGAUGUUGAUUAGCACUUCAGAUUACUUGAUGAAAAGGCUUGAUAUAAAUUAUGAGCACUACCUAGAUAAUUUGGUACCGAUUACUAUUUUAUUUGAGGUAGUUGGAUGUCUAGCUGCCGGAGUAUUAUCUGAUCUGAGUGGACGUCGUCUGGUAGUAUUUCUAUCCAGCGGCAUGUCAUUUAUCGGGGUCUUGGUGAUGUAUCUGUCUACCAACUAUACAACUUUAAUUAUUAGCCGUAUUGCGCUUGGAAGUGGAAUUGGUAUGGGAUACUUAAGUAUUCCACUAUAUAUUGCAGAGUUAUCACCUCCAUCGGCACGAAGUGUACUUGCAUUAUUUCCCGAGGUGCUCUUCAAUGUUGGAUUUUUGUUUGCUUCCAUAGUUCAUUUGAAGCUAUCAAAAGUCUCCAAGCAUCUAGAAUGGCUGGGUUUUUUCGCUCUUAGUGCUAUAUCUUCGCUUGUUAUCACACUUUUUCUACUAGUAAUGCCGGAGUCACCAAGUUGGCUCAUGAGGCAAGGUCAUGUUGCUGAUGCAACCCGAACAAUUAUGAAUUGUACAAGAAGAGUUGAAGAGGCCUAUGAUCGUAUAAAUCUAAUGAGAUUCAUUAUUGGUGUCUCAAUUGAUGACACAAGAGAUGUGGUCGAUAGCAUUCCAAGAGAAAUACGUGGAGAAAUAUUUAUUUGGAGGGAGUUGAUUUGUUCAACCCCAGAAAUUGCUAAAAUUUCUUUGUCAGUGGACAUGUUACAAGUAAUUCAACAGCUAACAGCAAUAAAUAGUCUCAUAUCCUCUAGUACUCCCUUGCUUGUUUAUUCUUUCAUUACAGAACACAAUGCUACACAAGUUGGGCUGUUAUGCGUUAUGUGUCUUAAGACCAUAACUUUAUUAGCACCCAUGCUAAUGUUGGACAAGUAUGGGCAUUUCAGACUACUGUUCAUUAGCAUCAUAGGCACUGCCGUUUCUCUUGGGCUUCUCGGAAUUAUGUAUUUCAGUAUCCACAGUAGCCACAAAUUCACUACUGCCCAUGACAUAUUUGCUAUAUUAUGUGUAUUCACCUUUGCAGGAUCAUUUUCUCUAGGGUUAGGACCAUUACCAUAUAUUUACAAUGCAGAAGUCUUCCCUUAUAGACUGCGAGCUCAAGGUACAAGUUUUGCUAUUGCUAUUAGUAGAUCGGUAUGGUAUUUCAUGUAUCUUUCAUCUACAACAUUAUAUAAAUGGCUUCCGUUUGGUAUGGUUCUAACCAUACGAGCUAUUAUUAUUGGUGCUCUAAUGAUUUGGGGACAUAUUAGAGAAUCAAGACAAGAAAAUAUUGAUUAG